AUGAGCGGUGAGAGGAACUGUGAGAAGCUGUUUUCUCGGCUGCAGGAGAACAGCGCAGCUGUUACUUCAGCUGCGGAGGAAGCUGUCAAACCAGGGCGUUUCCUGGGGCCACCAGGCUCUCAUCCAGAACGAGGGGGUGAGGGUGACCCUGUGGGAGGGACGAGAGUCCUGCGUUUCCCCGGGGCAAACAGGAGUCUAAGCGGUUCUCGGCUUUUUCUCUUGUUCUUCACCGAUCCCAGAAAUCUUUGUCUAAGAGAAGUGAUUACAGUGCUUCAGUUGGCCUGCUGCUGUGGGUCUGCUGGCUGCACCCUGUGCUGCGGCUGCUGCCCCAAGUUCCGACAGUCCCGGAGCACCCGCUUCAUGUACGCGCUUUACUUCAUUCUCGUCGCCCUCCUCUGCUGCCUCAUGAUGUCAAAAACCAUGCCUAAGGAGAUGAAAGAGCACAUUCCUUUUUACGAAGACCUCUGUAAAGGCAUUAAAGCGGGAGAUACCUGCCAGAACCUGGUGGGCUACUCCGCCGUGUACAGAGUCUCUUUUGGGAUGGCCUGUUUCUUCUUCAUCUUCUGCCUCCUGACCUUAAACAUCAACAACAGCAAGAGUUGCCGAGCGCGUGUUCACAAUGGGUUUUGGUUCUUCAAACUUCUGCUGUUGGCCGCCAUGUGCUCAGGAGCUUUCUUCAUUCCAGAUCAGGAGACCUUUCUGAAUGCCUGGCGCUAUGUGGGGGCCAUUGGAGGCUUCAUCUUUAUUGGCAUCCAGCUCAUCUUGCUUGUGGAGUUUGCACAUAAAUGGAACAAGAACUGGACUGCAGGCACAGCCAGCAACAAACUGUGGUAUGCCUCGCUGGCCCUGGUGACGCUCGUCAUGUACUCCAUUGCCACCGGAGGCUUGAUUUUGAUGGCGGUGUUUUAUACACAGAAAGAUGGCUGCAUGGAAAACAAAAUUCUCCUGGGGGCAAACGGAGGCCUGUGUCUGCUAAUUUCAGUGGUAGCCAUCUUGCCCUGUGUCCAAAAUCGACAGCCGAACUCCGGCUUGCUGCAGUCGGGUCUCAUAAGCUGCUAUGUCACGUACCUCACUUUCUCGGCUCUGUCCAGCAAACCUGUAGAAGUAGUUCUAGAUGAACAUGGGAAGAACGUUACGAUCUGUGUGCCUGACUUUGGUCAGGACCUGUACAGAGACGAAAACUUGGUGACUGGACUGGGUACCGCUCUCUUAAUUGCGUGCAUCUUAUAUUCAUGUUUGACAUCGACAACAAGAUCAAGUUCUGAUGCUCUGCAGGGGCGGUAUGCAGCUCCUGAACUGGAAGUAGCUCGGUGUUGUUUUUGCUUUGGCCCCAGUGGAGAGGACACUGAAGAGCAGCAGAAUGUGAAAGAGGGACCGCGGGUCAUUUAUGAUGAGAAGAAGGGCACCGUCUACAGCUAUUCCUAUUUCCAUUUCGUGUUCUUCUUGGCUUCCCUCUAUGUGAUGAUGACCGUCACCAACUGGUUCAACUAUGAAAGUGCCAACAUCGAAACCUUCUUCAGCAGGAGCUGGUCCAUCUUCUGGGUCAAGAUGGCCUCCUGCUGGAUGUGUGUGCUGUUAUACCUGUGGACGCUGGCCGCUCCCCUCUGCUGUCCCUCUCGGCAGUUCUCCGUGUGAGGAUCUGAGCAGCCCCCUUGGUUCAGCAGGCCUGCAGACUGGAAGUGACGUCCUUUGAACAGGUGUCCCAGGGGUCUGAGCAGUGACUGGCGCUUUGGGCAAGCUGGCAUCCCCUGGCUGGCUUGAAUGGGUCUGAAAAAGUUUUCAGAAAAAAAUCUCCUAAUCAGCUUUUUAAUUCUGAAAUUUGAAGAGAAACUAUCAGUUUGUCCCCCCAAAAUUGAAAUUUUCAACCAAAGUGAUUAUAGGUGAUAAUAUAUUUUGUAUGUGUUUUAUACCUAAAAACCGAGAUGGUAAUUAGCUUAGUCUUCUCCUUCUUCAUGUUUUUACCAAAACAGAGUUUGGGGCACAACAUCUUAGCACAGGGAUUAAAAACUUACUUUGUGUGGCCAUCCUUCUUAUUCUUGGAAUAAAAAAAUAUGCCAAAAUCGUGAGCCUUCAGCCUCUGCCAGAAUGCAGGGGCUCCCACCCCUCGGCCUGCAGCCCCCUGCCCACGGCUCCCUGGUAUUUAUAGGGAACAAGAGGAAACACCUGCUUUGAACUCCACCUUUGUGCUGUUUCCUCCUGGCCCCCAGCAUUUCCCUUCGAAGUUGUGAUGCUGGGAAUCAGACUUCGCUCUCUGCCCUUGCCCUUCCCAGAGGUCCCGCAUCCUUCCUGGGUUCAGCAUCUUUGUUAUAAUGUGAAGAAGCACAAUUUGCCGUCACCGCCCGUGUGGCCCCUCACCGUGUUAUCACUACCUGAUCUGAGUUACUGCAAUAAGUGUGACUCUUGUGGUGUUAUUCACAUGAUUAGGGAACAAUCUUCAUGUUGUUUUCUUUGCCUUAACGGCGGAGGGCUAUAGUUCUUACUCGUUUGUGCUGUUAAUAGUAAUAAUACUUUAGGACCUUACCUGAAAAGCUGCUUCUUGGCUGAAGCCUGCUGCACCCCUUUUCCAGUUGUUAAGGUCAGCCCCCUGGUUUCUCCUCCACCUUGAGGCCUAAAAGCAAAAG